AUGAGAUAAAAAUCAGAUUCCUGUUUUAGUCUUUAUUCAAAUAGAUGUACAUCUUUAUGGAUUAAUGGAUUGCCAAAUCUUUAGGAGAACUCUGAAAGAAUUAUUUUUCAUAAUGUUAAUAUAAAAAACAGCUAGAAAAAGCCAAUUAAGUUUUAGAAUGCCUUUAUCUAAGAAAAAUAUUUAAUUGCUGAUUAAAGAUUUAUUAAUCUAGAAAACUUAUAAUUAAGAAGGUAAGUCAUAAAGAACGCAGAAAGAUAGAUAUCAAAUAUUUAAUAUCUCAAUAUCUCUAACAAUUUAGAUUCUAUUGAAAUAUUUGGUCCAGAGUUAUAAAUUAAUUAGAUCUAUAACUAUUUGAAAUUAUAUACAAUAUAAUAGCAAUUUGAAGAUAGUUAUUAAAUUAUCAAAAUUUUAGGUAAAGGAUCAUUUGCAAAAGUCUAUAAGGUUAGAAAAAUUCAUGUUAAUUAUUAAUCAUUAGAUAAAUAAGAAUAUACUUUUGCUUCUAAAGUAUUUAAUAAAAUAAAACUUAGACAAAAUUAAGAAGAAAGUGAGGUAAAAAUUUAAGUGAUUUAAUAGAUGAGUUUAUGGAAAGAGAUAGAAAUAAUGAGAUUGAUGAAAAAUAAACACAUUAUUAAAUUAUUUGAAGUUUUUGAAGAUGACAAAAAAGUAUAUCUACUUUUAGAUUUACUAGAAGGUGGGGAUUUACUAAGUCAUAUAUUUAAAAAUAAUAAUAUAUAUGACGAAACCCUUGUUUUAAAAUUAAUACAUAAUGUGUUAAAUGGCCUAUCCUAUAUACAUAAUCAAAAAGUUAUUCAUCGAGAUAUUAAACCAGAAAAUUUGAUACUAAAAUACAAAAACAAUAUAGAAGAAAUUAUACUUGCUGAUUUUGGUUUAGCUGAUUUUUAUAGUUUAAAAGGUGAAUAUUUAUUUUAAAGAUGUGGAUCUAUAGGAUACAUAGCUCCUGAGAUUUUGAAUAAUUAAAAAUAUGAUUAUAAAGUCGAUAUCUAUUCUUUAGGAGCAGUUUUUUUUCUAUUAUUAACAGGAUAGCAAGCUUUUGAUGGAUAAUCUUCUCAUGAAAUUCUACAAAAAAAUUAAAAAGGAAAAAUUGAUUUUAAAUUAUUAGAUUAAGCAAAUAUAAGUGAAGAUGCCAAAGAUCUUUGUAUGAAAAUGCUAAAAUAAAAUCCCACAGAAAGAAUAUCUUCAGAUGAGGCCUUGAAUCAUCCAUGGUUCCAAACAUACAAGAAGAAUGUAAAAAUUGGAUCCUUAAAAAUUAUUAAAAAACCUACUAUUGUCAGAGGACAUAAAGGUAUUAUAAGAUGUUACACUCCUCUUUGGAUAAAUAAAAGUUUAAAAAGUAUUACUGAUUCUUCUGAUAAUUAAGAAUAUUUAAGUAGUUUUAUUUACUAAAUUUUAGGUUUUAACGUUAGAGAUAAAACUAUCCAAGAGUUUUUAGAUGAAGAACAUUUAAAAUAAAAACAAGUAUCCCGUGAGUAUGAUUUAGAAGAUGACACAAUAGAAGAAGAUUAAAUUCCUUCAUUCAAUGUCUUAUAACAUUUUCCUCUUGUGAAACAAAAAAGUUUUCCAUGA